GCCGAUAGCUGUAGCUGUAGUCGUAUUGUUUGCUCUUAAAAUAUAACGACAAAAAAAAUCAUUUUUAAAUCGAAACUUUCCAAAAUUUCGCGUUUGUUUUCGUGUCUGUAAUCUCUUCAUUGCCAUGUGACUAUCUUCAACAAGAGGAAACGGGCGGAAGUCGUCGGGUAAAGCAGUAAAUAUCCUUCUGCAAAUACGCAAGUGGUUUCAUUUUUGUGAGUACUCGCUGGCCUUGUUCACGGACUACCUUACGUUCAACGCAGGCAGAUCUUGAAACCUGUAAAAAUGUGGAAGCCGAACGAGAAACCGCCGCCGUACGUGCCACCGAUUGCACCUCCAGCAUACCCUAACGAUCCAUCGGCUGGGUAUUAUGGAGUACCACCUGUGGGACUUCCGCCAUCCUACCAGUCGGUCACCAAGGCACCUUUGCCACAGGGUGCUCCUGUCACCUACCAGAGUCCUCCGCAGGUCGUCGUAUACUUCUAUGGGUCAUGUCCUUCAUGUGGGGUUGGAAUCUUGGAAGACGAAUACACCUACCUCGGUGUCUUCCUGGCUGUUUGUUGCUUCCCCCUAGGACUUCUCUGCUGCCAUGCACUGCGGGUCCAGCGGUGUACAUCCUGCGGCGCCAUUCAUUGAUAAUUUACCUCGGCACGUUUUUUAGCACUUUAAAAUAUGUCAGCCAGAGAAGAGGAAAGGUGCAGGCACAUCAUGCACCACAAUCAGUGCCUUAAGGGAUGGCAUGUUGCGUUGGAAUUUCACUGCUACGGUGUGAGUCUUGCGUUAGCACAAGGCAAUCUGUUACCACCAAAUAUGGAUGUUUGUUAUAAACUAUUUUCGGAAGAGAUUCUUACAUUCAUAUUUUUAUGUACAGAGGCGUUUUUUACAUUUCGGAAAGUGUUCUGCUGUGAUACAUAUAUCUUGCUGACUUCCAAUCAUUAGAGGGAUUUGUGGAGAUUGCUCACGAGGGUGCAACGGGUGACAAUAAAGAUUUGUGUUAUACGGGUCAA